UUCCUUUGCCGCUUUGAAGAAGCAAAAGGCGAAGGGUCCCGACAAAAAGGAUUCGGGCAAGCAGAAGCCCGUCGGGGAGUUCUUUAAGCAAAAGCCCUCGGCCGCCCCCUCUGAUGAUGCUGCCAAGAGGAAGGCAGCGGGCAAGGGUCUAGCCCCCGAAGGGAAGAGGCCCAAAAAAGAGGAUGACGGGAAGAAGGAUCCAUCGGUCUUGAUCGUGGAUGAGCAUUCCACUUCUGGGCCCAAUGUUCUGGUGGCCACGACUGCUUCUAAUCUUCCUCCAGUGCAGAAGGGUGAAGUGGGCUUGCCCCGAGAGGACAUACAGUUCUCCCUCCUGAAGGGGACCGCCAUUAUUCAUGGUACUGUGGACCCCCGGGAGUUCUUGAGCGGGGCCACUCCUUCGCUGGAUAGGACAGCCCUCGGCAGGCUUGAUGAUGAAGCCCUUGAGUCUAAGAUCCUUCGGUCCUCUCUUACUGCUUGCAUAGCCCUCGGUGAGCAUGCCCGGAGGUUCGAUGAAUGGCGCCUUCAUAAGGCACAACAGGAUGAGGCCAUGAAGAAGCUCAUCCAUGAUAAUGUUGAUGCCGUGAGGCAGAUGGCCCGACUAGAAGAGGACCUUUGGCAGGCGAAGGCUGAGGCGGAGAGAGUUACAAAGGAGAAGGCGGAAGCCGAGAGGGCCGCUGCUGAGGCCGCGAAGAAAGCCGCCGAGGAGUCCGAGGCCGCCAGGGCAGAAGCCGUCGCUAAUGUUGUUGCUGCCUUCAUCGCCGAGGGGUGGAGGGCCGAGGGCCAAAAUCAAUGGGUGGCCUCGGUGGUGGAGGCCUCAGUAGAUGCUUGGGUGAAGGGCCCUGGGGCAAUGUGGCUAGCCCGCAAGGGCGAAGAUUAUUACGCCGGGGGGGGGGGGAUUUUUCACUCAAGCCCUCAUCUACAAAAGGCUGGCCUGACACUAUCAAGUGGAUCCGAAGGACUUCGAUCUUGCAGCAUACGGCCUCCCCCCUUCAGCCAGAUAUCAGAAUUCCUCUCCCGGCCAAUGUUGAAAGGCCCGAUCUUGAAGACUCCAUGCUGAUGCAGGAGGCUCUGGGCGGAGAUGAGUAGGCCGAAGCGGAUGCCACUUCCAAGCCAGCCGAAGAGGUUGUUGCUGAAGCUGCCAACCCC